UCCAAGCCGGCGCAGUGGAGCAUUUGGCAGGUCCUAUUUAACAGCUCCUCUUCACUGUCACUCAUCAGUCUUUGUAGCUAGCUAAGCUAGUACGAGCGCACUUGUAAAAGUCCAUGGAGAUGCAGAGACCACUACGCUUCCAUUUCCUCAUCAUCAUCGCCGCCGCGGCGUGGCCGUUGGUGCCACCGGCGGCGGCGGACGACAGCGGGUGGUCCAAAGGCACGGCGACGUUCUACGGCGGGGGCGACGUCUCCGGCACGAUGGGCGGCGCGUGCGGGUACGGGAACCUGUACUGGUCCGGGUACGGGACGGACACGGCGGCGCUGAGCUCGGCGCUGUUCAACGACGGCGCGGCGUGCGGGGAGUGCUACCGGGUCACGUGCGACGACAGCGCGUCCCAGUGGUGCCUGCCGGGGAGGAAGUCGGUGACUGUCACGGCCACCAACCUGUGCCCGCAAACUUCUCAAAAAACCAACCUGUGCCCGCCCAACCACGAGCUCUCCGGCGACGAUGGCGGCGGCGGCUGGUGCAACCCUCCCCGCCGCCACUUCGACAUGGCCCAGCCCGCCUGGCUCCAGAUCGCCCAGUACAAGGGCGGCAUCGUGCCGGUGCUCUACCAGAGGACGGCGUGCGUGAAGCAGGGAGGGGUGCGGUUCACGGUGACCGGCUCCAACUACUUCGUGCUGGUGCUCAUCACCAACGUCGCCGGCAGCGGGUCGGUGAAGGCGGUGUGGGUGAAGGGGAGCGCCACGGACAGGAUGCCCAUGGCCAGGAACUGGGGCGCCAACUGGCAGUCGCUCGCGGGGCUCGCCGGCCAGGCGCUCACCUUCGGCGUCACCUCCACCGACGGCCGCACCGUCGUCGUCCCCGACGUCGUGCCGGCCUGGUGGAAGUUCGGGCAGUCCUUCACCUCCGUUGUCCAGUUCCCCAUCUGACGGCGAACCAACCCGUUCCAUACAUUGCUACAUGGGCCAGCUAGUAGCAGAUUUAAGGCUUUCUGAUUGAAGAAACACUUUAGGCAUUAUACUGUCCAAAAAUAAGAAAUUAAAUAAUUUGGGGGAACCGUUUGAAUUGUGUGGUAUGUGUAUAGUGCGAGCCGGCUAGGCAGUUGAUCGACUGAAGAAUUCAU